UACUUCGUCGGGUGAGUACAACCACUGCGCUUGUGUGGUUUUCGCCGGCCGGCAAGCCACGGCCUAGCCACGUGACUCGAACGCUUCUUUAGAUUCUACUACCCUAUCCUGAAAGAUGGUUUCACCCACUCUUGAUCUAGAAUAGUAGGGGCGCUACCACUUUCUGACCUUGAUGGGGAGUAUCUUUUCCGGAUAUGACACUACGUUGACCCGGAAAAGGAGGAGGCCGGGGCAGUGGUGUUUUGGCGGCGGCUAUGGAGGGAUCCGGCUACAGGGUGGUGUUCGAGAAGGGAGGCGUGUACCUGCACACCAGCGCCCGGAAGCACCAGGACCCGGACUCGCUCAUCGCGGGCGUCAUCCGUGUUGUGGAGAAGGACAAUGACGUCCUCCUGCACUGGGCUCCUGUGGAGGAAGCUGGAGAUGCCACCCAGAUCUUCUUCUCCAAGAAGGACUCAAGUGGGGGUGACCCCUGCACCUCUGAGGAGGAACCCACCUUUGACCCUGGCUAUGAACCCGACUGGGCUGUCAUCAGCACCGUGCGGCCACGGCCUCAUCACGCAGAACCCACCAGAGGAGCAGAGCCCAGCUCCCCACGGGGCCAGUGGGCCUUCUCGGUGAGUCUGGGGGAGCUCAAGUCCAUCCGCCGGUCUAAGCCGGGCCUCAGCUGGGCCUACCUGGUUCUGGUGACCCAGGCCGGGGGCUCCCUGCCCGCCCUGCACUUCCACCGUGGAGGCACCCGAGCCCUUCUCCGAGUCCUCAGCCGCUACCUGCUCCUGGCCAGCUCCCCGCAGGACUCCCGCCUCUACCUUGUCUUUCCCCACGACUCCUCUGCCCUCUCCAACUCCUUCCACCACCUGCAGCUCUUCGACCAGGACAGCUCCAAUGUGGUCUCUCGCUUCCUCCAAGACCCCUACUCCACCACCUUCAGCAGCUUCUCCCGAGUGACCAACUUCUUCCGGGGAGCCCUGCAGCCGCACCCUGAGGGAGCCACCUCCCCUGACCUUCGUCCCCCUCCCGAUGAUGAGCCUGGCUUUGAGGUCAUCUCCUGUGUGGAGCUGGGGCCACGGCCAGCUGUGGAGCGGGCCCCUCCGGUCACAGAGGAGGAGUGGGCCCGGCACGUGGGCCCUGAAGGCCGCCUGCAGCAGGUCCCCGAGUUGAAGAACCGGAUCUUCUCCGGGGGUCUGAGCCCCGGCCUGCGGCGUGAGGCCUGGAAGUUCCUCCUGGGCUACCUCAGCUGGGAAGGCUCAUUCGAGGAGCACAAGGCCCACGUACGCAAGAAAACGGAUGAGUAUUUCCGCAUGAAGCUACAGUGGAAGUCUGUGAGCCCUGAGCAGGAGCGGAGGAACUCACUCCUGCACGGAUACCGCAGCCUCAUUGAGAGAGACGUGAGCCGCACUGACAGGACCAACAAGUUCUACGAGGGCCCUGAGAACCCCGGGCUGGGCCUGCUGAAUGACAUCCUGCUCACCUACUGCAUGUUCCACUUCGACCUCGGCUAUGUCCAGGGCAUGAGUGAUCUUCUCUCCCCGAUCCUCUACGUCAUUCAGAAUGAGGUGGACGCCUUCUGGUGUUUCUGCGGCUUCAUGGAGCUCGUGCACGGCAACUUUGAGGAGAGUCAGGAGACCAUGAAGCGGCAGCUGGGGCAGCUGCUGCUGCUGCUAAAGGUGCUGGACCAGCCGCUGUGCGACUUCCUGGACUCCCAGGAUUCUGGCUCCCUCUGCUUCUGCUUCCGGUGGCUGCUCAUCUGGUUCAAGAGGGAGUUCCCCUUCCCGGACAUCCUCCGGCUGUGGGAGGUGCUGUGGACGGGGCUUCCCGGGCCUAAUCUGCACCUGCUGGUGGCCUGCGCCAUCCUGGACAUGGAGCGGGACACCCUCAUGCUGUCGGGCUUCGGCUCCAACGAGAUCCUUAAGCACAUCAACGAGCUGACCAUGAAGCUGAGCGUGGAGGACGUGCUGACGCGCGCCGAGGCGCUGUACCGGCAGCUCACCGCCUGCCCCGAGCUGCCCCACAACGUGCAGGAAGUCCUGGGCCUGGCGCCGCCCGCCGAGCCCCGCAGCCCCUCGCCCCCGGUCUCCCCGCUGCCGCUGUCGCCCACGCAGCAGCCUGGAGAUCCUGCCCGAGGAGGAGGACGGCGCGGACUCCUAGCCUGCCGCGCGGCGCGGCGCACCCGCACUUUAGUGGCUGCUGCGCGCCCGAGGAGCUGGCGUCACGAAACUGCCGCGCCUCGGUGGAAGGUGGC